AUGGGAAGGAUUUAUAAGGAGACCGGCAAGCCCUCGUCGUCGACGGCGUCUCCGUCGGCACCCGCAGUAACGACAUCUACAUCGAUAACUGAGACUGUGAAUGGGUCUCACGAUUUCAAGAUUACGGGGUAUUCAUUGUCCAAGGGAAUUGGGAUCGGAAAGUAUAUAGCGUCCGACACCUUUAUGGUCGGUGGGUACUCGUGGGCGAUCUAUUUCUAUCCUGACGGGAAGAGCGUGGAGGAUAACGCGACAUAUGUCUCACUUUUUAUUGCCCUAGCGAGUGAGGGCACGGACGUGAGGGCUCUUUUCGAGUUAACACUUAUGGAUCAAAGUGGGGGUGAGAGGCAUAAGGUGCAUAGCCAUUUUGGUAGGGCGCUAGAGAGUGGGCCAUAUACUCUUAAAUACCGAGGCAGCAUGUGGGGAUAUAAGCGGUUUUUUAAAAGGUCUACUCUGGAAGGAUCACACUACCUGAAGGAUGAUUGCCUUCAAGUACAUUGUUGUGUUGGCGUUGUUAGGUCUAACACCGAGGGACCUAAGAUCUAUUCCAUACCAGUGCCACCAUCUGACAUUGGUCAGCAUUUCGGACAGCUGCUGGAAAGCGGAAAGGGUACUGAUGUAAAUUUUGAAGUUGAUGGUGAAUUUUUUUCGGCUCACAAGUUGGUACUUGCUGCUCGUUCACCAGUAUUUAGAGCUCAAUUAUAUGGUCCCAUGAAGGAUCGAAAUAUGCAGUGUAUAAAAGUAGAAGACAUGGAGGCACCUGUUUUUAAGGCCCUACUUCAUUUUAUAUACUGGGAUGUGUUACCUGACAUGGAAGAACUUACUGGUAUGAACUCGAAAUGGGCUUCAACCUUGAUGGCUCAGCAUCUGCUUGCAGCUGCUGAUCGGUAUGGUUUAGAUAGGCUCCAGUUGCUUUGUGAGGGUAAUCUCUGUGAGGAUGUUGCUAUAAAUACUGUUGCAAAUACGCUGGCAUUGGCAGAUCAGCAUCACUGUUUCCAGCUGAAAUCUGUGUGUCUCAAAUUUGUUGCAUUGCCUGAAAAUCUUAGAGCUGUUAUGCAGACGGAUGGUUUUGAGUAUUUGAAGGAAAGCUGUCCUCGUGUCCUAACCGAAUUGUUAGAGUACGUUGCCAGGAUAAGUGAACACUCCAUUGCCAUUGGCAAGCAUGGUAAUGAAGGUAUCAUGGAUGGUUGUGAUGUGAAUGGUCGACGAGUGAAGCAAAGACUAUAG